CAGCCGCUUGUGAAAGGGGCUUCUAGUCGUUCCGGUUUCUUAACCUUGGCGCAUUUUGAAACGCAGCCAUAUAACUGAAAAUCAAACAAUACGGAUUCAGUCCUUAUCUCACAAUAGUCAGUCGUAUCUCAAGAGUUUCUCGUUUAUUUAGGACCCUGGACUAUUUAAAACCAAAAUAUGUUGUGUACAGAAACACGAUCUAUAAUAAUUCCGACGCGACUUAAAUCAGGUAUGCACCUUUGAAGGCAGUGUCAGAUUCUGCUGGAGACCAGCGAUCUGAACAACAGGCGAAGAGCUGUAGUGAAUCUUUGAACGAAAGAAAAUCUGUGCAGUAUGGGUAAGUAGUAGACAUUUUAUCUGAAUGUUGUUAGGGUGCAUUACCUAUCAGCGUCUUAAACCAUCAUAAGUCCGUGUGCUCUUUAUAAAAUAUCCAGGCUUACUGAGAAUGAUUUGAUUAUCGUCACAAAUUUGCCACUCGGGGAAUUCUCUUCCAAGAAAUCUUAGAUAUGAUGGAGCGUCAAUCCCCAGUUUUUUCUCCUUGAUCAUGAAGAGCGAGAUGUUACGCUCCUAGGUUCAUAAUUGUUCAGUAAUAUCUGAAUUGAACCCAACUGAAGCGAAUAGGGCGCCUUUCAUUAAAUUUGUACUCUCUAGAAAUCGAUAAUGGUCCGACAAUUUGGCACAGCUUUCGACAAUUAAAUUGACGGUAGGAUAUGAGAGCAAAGAAGGGAUCCAUAACGAAUCGUCAGUCUUGUUUGGAAAAAAAAAACUCUUUCUUUCUGUCUUUAUGUCAAGAGGCACGACAAGGAGCCGUUCCUUUUAAUCCAAUUUUGAAACAGCUACCCAAAAAUCACCACUCUAUUUUUCCUGAAUAGAAUUUUGCCUGAUGUGUCGCAGUUAUGUUCGAUAAAACGCUGGAAAAAAAUCCGUCACUUCUGAUAGUUUGAGAGCACCUCUAAACUGAAAAACAGAGCGGAUGUAUCGGUCAAUAGGGGUGCAUAUACGCAUGUACAUCAAAUUGUCAUUGACCUUACUAUGGCAUCAAUCGUUGCAGCAAAAUUUCAGUUGGAAACUUCUCGUUCUGUUGCAAUGAUUAGUUAACAGUAGGGAAGAUGUAGGCGAGGUUGUCUUUUCUUAGAUAUUUUUAACCUUUUAUCGACUACUAAUUGAAAGAACAGCGGAUGGCACCGUGUCAGAUUAAGUAAUUAGUCGAUGAAAUAUAACCGUUUGUCAGUUCUAUUGCUGUUAUUUAGAGGGCAAGCCGAGACCGAUGGUACGAAAUCAAUAAUGAGUGUAAACAUGCAGUGAAACCAGAUCAAGCCAAGCUUUACAUUUCAUACGAGUAAUAAAGAAACUGGUUCAACCAGUUUUUCGAAACUUAAAAAAUCUUUACAUACUUGUUAUAAGAUAUCUCCCCAAUUGGAAAAUAAUACAAAGAGAAUGCUGGCCUUAGCACAAAUGAAGCGUCGAUAAAUCUAUAUCCAAACCUACAAAUUCUCGUCAACUGAGCGAUCAUCUAAGAUCAGUAUAAAUGUAUUUUUGGGUGGGAAAAUUUGCUUUAAGGAAGUAAACUUCGUGCGACUAUCAGCGUAAACGUCCGAUAUUGGGGUUGAAAGUUAACCCUAAACAUGUUAAAUUUGAUUUUAUGCCAAUGUUGAUGGUAUUUGAAUCAUACUAUGCUUUGGGGGGGUUUAGUGUGCUAUUUUAGGAAGCGAACGAGAAAAUUUUGCGAAGAAACUUCCCACAGUUCUCAUGCUAAAAGCAUCAGCUUCCUAACAGGUGUUCCUCUCCCUUCCGAGGGCUUCUUUCAUUGUGGUGCGCAAAGUUGAAACUAAUAUCUGAACGACCACUUUUCUAAAUGCACUAAAGUCCACUGGCGUUUUCAAUAAUUAAUUUGUCGAGCAAAGAUUAGCUGUCUGCCCUUUAGCAGUUAUAAAGUUCGAUAGUGGAUAUGGGUGUAUCCUCUCGUGUCUCGACAAGUUGUAAAACUUGAAGGUCAACCAUAGUGAUGGUUGAGUGGACAGUUUCUUUCCAACUAUUACCAUCUUUUAUGACGUAAAUAAGGAAAACGGAGAUGUAACGCAUGUUACACGUUGCUCUCGACUAGGGCGGUGAGGCGCCACGAAACUCGUGGACAUUAAAGGAGAAAUUUCUCUCGUUUCUCGUUUCUUUUAGAUGAUUAUAAGAAAGACGGCAAGAAAAUGGUCAAAGAAGAGUCCAAGGAAGAGAAAAUGUGUGCACAGUGCAGCAAAACAAUUGAGGGCAAGUUUUUGCUACGAGCUUUGGACAAGUUUUGGCACGAAGAGUGCUUGAAAUGUUCGUAUUGCAACACACAGCUGGCAGACUUAAGCUUUAAGUUUUACCUCAGGGAAGAUUUAAAACUUUGUAAACGAGACUACAUCAGGUAAAGCAUAAAUGUUUCUUUUCUAAUUGCAAGAAUAUCUGUGUAUUCAUCCUCUCUAUCAUUAAGGAAGAAUUAUAUAGUGAAACUUAAAUACGCAGGAACCAUUUCUAUAGAUUUUAAAAUUGUUCAAUUUUUUUCAUUGUAAAAUUUUCCUGAAAGCUCAGAAAAGAAAACGGAAUACUUCUGUUUGUGAUCAUUAGAUUCUAUUGCUGUGAAAUAAUGAUGAAGAUAGAAGAAGUAUUAGGAUUAGUUCGUAAAAUUUGUAGAUUUUCGCUGUAUAGUUUUAAUUCCUUUCCAUGGUUAUAACCUUGGCCCAGAUCAGUAACUCCGGUAAUUCCACGGCAUAUCAAUUUCCUGCUCAAACUUUUUAAACCUUUUACAAACCAUUAUACUGAAAACUGGCCAACAGCCAACUUAAUCAGUUUAUAAUUACUAAAAACGGCAACAUAGUCCAAAACGAAAUAAGAACUUAAGGAAUGUUCUCUUUCCUCUUUAAAAACUAUAUCAUAAUACAGUAUGGUGUGCAUUACUAAACGCUUUUUAUCAUUUUUCAAGCUGGCUGAAAAGAUUUAUCUAUGAUGGACGCUGAGUGAAAAUGCUUCAGCUUCCCGGCAAACGUAUUAUGAAGUUUGGUUGAAUAAACUCUACAUGUUGUUAGCUUCUGGCACAAACGGGAAAUGGGUACUUUAUCAAAUUCUAUUUCCUUGAUCGGAAGGCGAAAGUUAAUAAUAACUACUUUGUUCUGAAUAAGGCAACACACUAUCGUGUAAUAAGUUUGAACCUUGUCGAUGAUUAGCCAGUGAAUGAGCCUUUAACCGUAAAUUUCCACAGCGUAUUAACAGGUAAAAUUACCGGAAAUUUUCAAGUGAGCACCAGCUGCUUGCAUUGUUAAAAUUAACUUGCUGUGUUUUCUCCUUUUUCUUUUAUAUUUCUGUGUACUUGAUAAAGUCUUUUUUUUGGAUAUUUUUCAGCUGAGAGAUUCUCAGUACACGAUAUCUAGUAUGUGUUCUCUUGAUUAUUUAUUAUUACUCAACUGAACGUAAAAACUGCAGAGAGACCGUCUUGUUAACAUUGAGAGGAGUGAUGCGUCCGUCUUCUUGAAAUGCAGACUACAGUAAUUAAUCAACGACCUUAACAGGAUCAGCAGUUUGUGAGUGUUCUUACUCAAAUCAAGCUGUGAGUGAGAAAUUUAACCUACGUCUCACAUUUUUUGUAAUUCACUAACACAUAAAUGUAUUCAAAAGAUGCUGUAUUACUGAAAUCAAGCGAGCAUUCAUGUUCCAUUCCGCAGCCAUAAAAAAGUUCGUUAACUCAUUUCUUCAGGCCUAAAUGGCAAUUUUCAGGCCUAAGCCUCCACGGGUUAAUAAUAUCACUGCUACCAUUCGACCUUCUGUCAUCCUUUUAAACAAAUUAAAUUUUUGCUUAGGGUUUGUCUGGGAGCAUAAAUCUGUCUUCAGUUUUACACGCAGGUAUCGCAAACAACAUAAUCGGAUCUAAGGGAUUAUUCCACUAAGUCCGCGUAAAUUGAUCGAAGACAGCCAGCCUCUUGCACGUGACCAGCUGAGAGGAUAGUUCUCAGUGUAUUUAUAAGACAUAGCAUGUUUCCCUUUUUAUUAUUCCAAGCGAAACUACACUCGUGGGGAUCAUUCUGUCAACUCUGGAAUAAAUACCCUUACCUAUACGUGACCUAAUCGAAUGAAAGUCAUGACUCUUUUCAGUAAGUUAAAAAUGUAAAGCAGUCUCCAUGUUCUUUGUGAUAGCUGUUUAUAUGGCGAGAGAUGACAUUUCCUUAAACAUGAAACUGAGUAAAAAUGCUAUAAGUUAUAAAUAACCAGCUAUGGUAAAUUGCUAAAAGUUUUCACCAAAUUUUUAAAAUAGCUAUGAGAUUAUAACCACACACGGCGUUUCUCAUUUCACUGACCUUGGCACGUAGAUCAAUUUUGAAGUAUAAUGGGUUUUGUUUACUCUCCCUUUAUUUGCUUUAAAUUUAUCACAUGGCAGUGUUUAAGUAACCUUUAAUCUACUGCAGACAUGCCUUUUUUUAGCAAUAAGUCAGGUGAUAACUUACUUUAGCUUCUCUUCAUCAUCAUUGAAUUUAACUGGGCAGUUUUAAAAAUCCUCGCUGUUACUUUGAUGAUGCUUUGGCAAUGUUUCAUAGUGACUAGUGAACUUCGAUGAGAAGUAGUUAUAAAUAAAGUCAUUGAGUGGUUCAAUAUUUUAGCAAUACCUUGGGGACGCUCAUUAUUUAUUAACGGGGGGGGGGAGGAGUGGGGGCGGUUGGAAUAUUUUCUUUGUGUCCGGAUAAAACUUCCUGAUCCCCCAUAAGACUGAAAUAUUCGAAUGAUCCACCUCACUCGCAGUCAAUAUUUUAGCUGGCGAUGACUGAUCUUCCCUCGUUCCUCCUGAAAACCACGUGUUUCCCCAAAAUACCAUUUCUCCCCACUCCCCCCCCCCCAGCCAAGGCGAUAACUAAUGAGGGAGAACCAUGUUGCAUACUAAAAAUGGACGUCAUUUGAGCUGAUAAAGAUCUGAUCAUACCUUAAUAUGACAAGAAGUAUGUUUAUUAUUGUAUUAGAUUGCAGUCGAACGUUUUCGUAUCGUGAAUCUUUGGGCAGCAGAGGGGCGUUUCUCAGUUAAAUCUGUGAGCGUUCCAACAAAAGAUUACACUAAGAAGCACUCUGGAGUCUGGCCAAUAUGGUUAUAGACACUAAUGAUGGGAAUGGCUUUGUCUAAAUAUUUUAAGGUCUUUUAAUGGAAUAUAUUCAGUAUUAGGUUUCUUAAGCCCACUUUUCACCUCAGUUCAAUUGUAUUUAUUGUUGUUUAUUGUCAUAUGUACUUAAUGCUGUACAUUGUAGCGUUCUUUUCGCUGAAAAGUUCACAAGCUCUUCCCAAGAAAUUUAAAUUUGUUGGUCGAUUUCGUAAUUUGGAUAGCUUUCACUGAAGCUUAUUUGAUAAAGGUAGGCCUUUUGCAAUUUUCGACGGCUUGCUUAAUAAAAUUUCUCUCUGGACAGAGGAAAAAACAAGGAAAUUGAAAUUUAGCCCCCAUUUGAACAAAAAUCAAAAUUGUAACACAGGCCCCAGGUUUGAGAGCUAACCCCCAUAUUUUGCCUUGUUUCGUUGUGUUCCAUCUCCUUCAGGAGAUUUUGAAAAAAAAAAAAAAAAAAGAAUCUUUACCGAUUUGACAUCGCCGUACUGCAUCAUUCUUUCUUCAGACGUUUCCCGUAGAUAUUAUGCCCACUCCUCUCUCGGCUAUCCUUACAUAUUGGCUUUUAUUUUCAUUCCAGGUUAUUUGGUGCCACUGGACAAUGCGCGCACUGCUCCAAAACGAUACUACCGCUGGAAAUGGUGAUGCGGGCUCGUGAGCACACGUAUCACCUUGAUUGCUUCGCCUGUCACAUCUGCCAGUACAGAUUCUGCGUCGGCGACAAGUUUUUCCUCCACUUUCAGGUGGUACUUUGCGAGGCUGAUUACUAUGACAUCACAAGCAUUUUCAACGUCAAUGACAUGGCUUACUAUGUGUGACUUCCGGUUAUUUCUCCCCUGAUUCUGAUACACCAUUUUAGAAAGGUUUGAAAAAGGACAGGCAGAGACCAACUCAGGAUCAAAAAGUAGAAUGCUUUGGACUGCAUGCCUCCUAUGUUUUCUCAUCUUUGUCCAUCAGCUUUAACGUGAUAACUCCAAAGACCCUUUAGCUUUUUCUUUUAAUCAUAUAUUUGUAUCUUAGCAUCUUCGUUGCAAUGAAAAGAGGAUCUUACAUGGCCGCGUGGAGAUACGAAAUUUAUCUUCGAGCGCUGACAAAUAUUUCACGAGUGAGCGAGGCGGACGAGCGAAUACUUUUUAACAAGAGAGGAGGAAUUUCGUAUCUCCAAGCGGCCAUAUAAUAUCUUCUAUUUAUCAUAUAAACACCAAUAAAAUACUAAAUAAAAGGCGCUACAUCAAAGGCGCGAUUUCUUUAUGAAACCAUAGCGACAGUGAUCUUUUCACGCGUGAAGAUGACAUGUUAUCUUUAUGCGUGAAGAUAUCAUGUUUUCGCGCAAAAGCUCACUUGGUAUUCCACUGAUGUUUAUAUACUAAAAACGUUUUCUAAUUGUCAUCUUAUUAUUGUCAAGUACGUUUUUGGGAGAAAGACUUCAUUCAGAUACCGAAUGAAAAAGUACUCUGGAACAUCGAAUUCUGAAAACCUCUUGACUCUUACGUUUCAACCACAAGUUCUCUAGAAGGAAACUCAGGAAUUCUAAUGAGAGGACUAGUACUUUGUAAGGUAGAAAUAAAUAAGCCUCAAACU